AUGGUGGUAAUUGACAAGGUUAAGGGAAGUGAAAUCGAAGAUGAAGCACUUGAAAUUAAAAUCGCUCCAGACCGCAGUUGUUUUGUGGUCGCUAUGUCGAGUGGUGUCAUUCGGUCGUCUACAGGUUCAGAUUCUUCCGGAUACGUUCGGUUGUGGAAUUGUUUUGCGGGAACUGGAGCGAAAAGUCUCAUUUUUGAAUGGUAUGAAUCGGCAAUUCCCUGUGAAUUUAACAAAGUGUCGGAUGAAAAUCCCGAGCCAAAUGAAAUUUUGUGCAUCUCCCUUGCGACUGAUGACUCACGGUUUGUAACGGGAGGAACUGAUACAGUCAUUAAAGUCGCCAAGACAGGUCUGAAAAGGCACUGUAAUUACCAUACUAGUCGUAUCACUGCCUUAAGAUACCACCCAAGAGGCGAAUUUGAUGUGGCAUAUAGCCAUAUUUUUGUGUCUGCAAGCUGGGAUAAUAGCGUUCAAAUAUGGGAUGACAGAAAUCCUGGUUCCUUAUGGUAUUCGGAUUUAGUGACCUUAAUUUUUAGGCAGUAUUAUGGCCCCCAUGUCGCUGGUUCAGAUGGGCUGGAUGUUGAAGCCAGUCAAAAUUUAAUUCUGACUUCAUCGUGGACGAGAAGUAGUGUAUUACUUCAGGGUUACGUCGCCAAAUUUGGGAUCUCCGGAAAUUUGGUAUUUUUCACCGGCUCGAAUACCAACAUUCUGCGAAUAAUUGACAUGGAAAACAUGGCUACUAUUGCCGGAGUCAAUAACUUACCAAACGCAGUUUACAGCCUGGACACAUGCUUUGACCGAGUUGACAAAAGAAAGUGCAUGGAUGCGAGAGUAAACACACUCAUGUUUAUUUCCAGGGCAAAUCACGAGGUAACUCGACCAGUGAUGGCCUACAUAAGCUAUUAG